AACGCACCCUUCAUUUUAUGGACUAUGACGUUGACCAUGUGAUCAGGUAACCAAGAUGGCGUCGGGGCAGCAGUGGGUGUUAGUGGAGAUGGUACAAGCACUCUACGAGGCACCUGCCUACCAUCUGGUCCUGGAGGGGAUCCUCAUAUUGUGGAUCAUCAGACUACUGUUUUCAAAGACGUACAAACUACAGGAGCGUUCAGACCUCACAGAGAAGGAAAAGGAGGACUUAAUUGAAGAAUGGCAACCAGAACCCCUUGUCCCUCCUAUGUCCAAAGACCAUCCUUCCCUCAAUUAUGACAUAGUCACUGGCCCACCAAGCCACAAAAUCAUUGUAAAUGGAAAAGAGUGCAUUAACUUUGCUUCAUUUAACUUCUUGGGUUUCCUUGACAACGAGCGAGUGAAGCAAAAGGCCUUGACUUCUCUCAGGAGGUAUGGUGUUGGUACCUGUGGUCCAAGAGGUUUCUAUGGAACCUUUGAUGUCCACUUGGAGUUAGAGGAUCGUUUGGCCAAGUUCAUGAAAACAGAGGAGGCCAUCAUCUAUUCCUAUGGCUUUGCAACGAUAGCUAGUGCCAUACCUGCCUACUCCAAGAGAGGAGACAUAGUGUUUGUGGAUGAGGCAGCAUGUUUCUCCAUACAAAAGGGUCUCCAAGCCUCCCGCAGUUUCAUCAAGUACUUCAAACACAACGACAUGGAAGAUCUGGAGAGACUGCUCAAAGAGCAGGAGAUCGAGGAUCAGAGGAAUCCUCGGAAGGCCAGAGUGACCAGGAGGUUCAUCAUAGUGGAAGGGCUGUAUAUUAACACUGCAGAUGUUUGUCCCCUUCCAGACCUGGUGAAGCUGAAGUACAAGUACAAGGUCCGCAUCUUCCUGGAGGAGAGUAUGUCGUUCGGGGUGCUGGGAGAACAUGGCAGAGGGGUUACGGAACACUUUGGGGUCAACAUUGACGAUAUUGACCUCAUUAGUGCCAACAUGGAGAACGCUGUGGCUUCUAUUGGUGGUUUCUGCUGUGGAAGGUCGUUCGUCAUAGACCAUCAGCGUCUGUCAGGCCAGGGGUACUGUUUCUCUGCCUCCCUGCCCCCCAUGCUGGCUGCUGCAGCCAUAGAGGCCCUUAACAUCAUGGAGGAAGACCCAGAAAUUUUUACCAUCCUGAGGGAGAAGUGCAAACACGUCCACAAAGCGUUGCAAGAGAGUCCUGGGGUGAAGGUAAUAGGGGAAGUUUAUGCCCCUGCCCUUCACCUACAGCUAGAGAGAAGCUCUGGAUCCAGAGACACUGACGUGAGGAUGCUUCGCAGCAUUGUAGAUUACUGUUUGGAGAGACAGAUCGCACUCACCCUAGCUCGGUACUUGGAUAAAGAGGAGCGGUUUCUCCCUCCGCCUUCGAUCCGGGUAGUGGUCACCAUCGAGCAGACUGAAGAGGACAUUGAGAAAGCUGCAUCCUGUAUCAGAGAGGCAGCUCUGGCUAUCCUCAAAUGAUUCCUGACCAACCAGACCUGAAGUUCUCCGUUCUCAGUUUGCCGACAUUCCCAGGAUUCACCUCCAGGCUUCGCAGAGCAUCAAUCGACAGCGAUGUUGGAAAGGCCCAUCAAGGCAUAGCCGGGUGCGUUCAUCCACAAACUCGAGAAGAAGACUCAAGGUGGACAACACUUUCUGGAAGGAGCGUUGUUGAUUUUUAAAUCAGAUUAUCCUUCUCACAGCUACUUAUUUAUGUUUGACCUCUCAUUUUGCUGACGGUUCUCGUUCACCUUCUCACAUAUAAAUGAAUGUAAAAUCUGGGCCUCGUCCCCCAACCGUCAUUCAGGUCACUAUCUGUUUGAAUGAAGGUUGAAAGUCUUAACUAAUAAACAAUAAAUAUUUGUAACCAAAGAGCUGAUUCAUUUUGUAAGUGAAGUUACUUUAAAAUGAUUUUAUAUACAUACUGUAUUAUGAAACCGUUUCUUUGUUUUUGUUUGUUUAUAUACUGACACAAACCAUAUGGUGUAUUUUCUGUCUUUUGCCUAAAUGUUAGAUUGUAUUCCCAAAAGAGUUUCACAUUAUCACAGUGCGUUGUAUGAAAUGCACCUAUUUUAGGUUUUUUUUGUGUCUUGUAUACUAAUUCAUAUUUGAUUCUAAGCGGUCACUGAUUUUAAGACUUGCAAGAUUGGUAAGAUGUGAAAAAGAAACAAUUGCCCCACUUGGCAUCAUGGUUUGGUCAGCCUGCAUUGGCACCCUGGCGGUAUUUAUCAUUUGGGGAUUUAUUUUUAUGUUAGGCUCUUUGAACGUAUUAACAUUUUGUUCUGUUACUGAUCAUUAAGUAACUUGCCUCCAGUGUUUUUACGUGUUUUUAAAUGAUUUGAAGUUUGAUUUGAACAGUUAAUUCAAUUUCUUCAUUAGAUCACACAAGUGAUUUGCAUACAAAUUUCACUUAAUGUAAUUUGAGAGUUUUAACACAUGCCAACUUGAAUAUAAAUACAUUUGCACUGUGAUGCACAUCAAUCUCAUUUUCAUGUUGAAGCCUAUUGUUGAGUGACACAAUGACACUCCUGCAAGACACACUAGUGUCACUUUUUUGUAACAAAGACAUACUCACUGGUUCAAUUAUACAACAUCCAAUAUGCAGUAUAUUAUGUGCCUUUGUGUUGCUAAAUGUGCUAUCAAUUUGAUUGCCUAUUAAUCAAAUAAAUGGGAAAAUGGUAA